GCGUUCAGCGACCACAACAUCCAGUACCAGUUCCGCACAGAGAAUAAUGGAGGACAGGUGACAUACCGCGUAGUCCAGGUGACUGAUGGUCAGCUGGAUGGCCAGGGCGUGGGUGUGGAUGGGGCAGCCCAGCGCCCCGGCCCUGCUGCUGCCUCUGUGCCCCCAGGUCCUGCAGCACCCUUCCCACUGGCUGUAAUCCAAAAUCCCUUCAGCAAUGGCGGCAGCCCAGCAGCUGAGGCUGUCAGUGGGGAGGCACGAUUUGCCUAUUUCCCAGCGUCCAGUGUGGGAGAUACCACGGCUGUGUCGGUACAGACCACAGACCAGAGCUUGCAGGCCGGAGGCCAGUUCUAUGGCAUGAUGACGCCCCAGGACGUGCUUCAGACAGGAACGCAAAGGACGAUUGCACCGCGGACCCAUCCCUACUCCCCGAAAAUUGAUGGAACUAGAACACCCCGGGAUGAGAGAAGGAGAGCUCAGCACAAUGAAGUGGAGCGGAGGCGGAGGGACAAGAUCAACAACUGGAUUGUCCAACUUUCAAAAAUCAUUCCAGAUUGUAACACAGACAACAGCAAGACAGGAGCGAGUAAAGGAGGGAUCCUGUCAAAGGCCUGCGACUACAUCCGGGAGCUGCGCCAGACCAACCAGCGCAUGCAGGAGACCUUCAAGGAGGCCGAACGGCUGCAGAUGGAUAAUGAGCUCCUGAGGCAACAGAUUGAGGAGCUGAAGAAUGAGAAUGCCGUGCUUCGAGCCCAGCUGCAGCAGCACAACCUGGAGAUGGUGGGCGAGAGCAACCGGCAGUGACGCCCUUCCCGUCGUGGGGCAGGCCCUCCUCUGCGACUCUGCUGCCCCCUUCCCCAGCCCUUAGCACAGAGAGGGACAGAUGCCCCUCCCCCAGCUGCGUUUUUUUAUAGUAGAUUUUUAACAAAAAUAAUGGGGAGAAGUAAUGCAUUUCUUUGGAUAAACACCCACUGCUCUCCUGGAUGUGGAAAUGAUCUCCCUCCCCCAUCUGUCUGCCCCUUCUCCUGGCCCCCACUAAGCCCCAGCACUUCUAGUGGUCUUGCCUGGAGGCAAAAGGGAGGAGGACAGAGGUCCUGCCAUAUCCCGCUGCCUCUUUUGGCCUCUAGAGGUACUGACAUGGUGCUUAUGGGCAGGAGGGGAGCCUUUGGGGGGCCAUCCCUGGGACCUGGACCUAAGAAGGGAGGCCAUGUCUCACCCCACCUCUUGUUUCUGGAUUCCCGCUCCCCUUUGAGAGAGAGAGAGUGUGUGUGUGUGUGUGUGUGUGUGUGUGUGUGUGUGUGUGUGUGGGUGUGUGUGUGUGUGUUUUAAUUUUCUUUAUGGAAAAAUGGACAAAAAAUAGAGAGAGAGGUAUUUAACUGCAAUAAACUGGCCCCAUGUGGCCCCGCCUUGUC